UAACCCACAUGUAUUUACUUCCGGUCAGGAAGCACAUGUGUUUGUUGUUGUGAUGUGACGCAAUAUAACAUAAUCUUCAGUCAUUACAUUUGUGUUAAUUGAAAUCACCAGUUUCCUUUGUUUCUAUUUGUUCUUUUCAACGGUCAGAGUCACCCGAGUAGAGUUUGGCGUAACUAACUGUGCCUGCAGAACAAUGGUGAUAGCUAUUGGUUUUGAAGGCAGCGCCAACAAGCUGGGUAUUGGAAUCAUACAAGAUGGAGUUGUCUUGUCAAAUCCUCGCCAUACCUACAUCACACCACCAGGAGAAGGCUUCCUGCCGAGAGAUACCGCCAAGCACCACAGGGAACACGUCCUGCAGGUUCUCCAGCAGGCUCUAGAUGAAGCCAAGAUCAACCCUCAGCAGAUAGAUGUGGUCUGUUACACUAAAGGGCCAGGGAUGGGGGCGCCUCUAGUGUCGACUGCAAUUGUGGCACGCACUGUGGCUCAGCUGUGGCAGAAACCCAUAGUGGCGGUCAACCACUGCAUUGGGCACAUAGAGAUGGGGCGUCUGAUCACGGGAGCCAAGAACCCUACAGUUCUGUAUGUCAGUGGCGGGAACACACAGGUUAUUGCAUACUCUCAUCGUAGGUAUAGAAUAUUUGGUGAAACAAUUGACAUAGCUGUUGGAAACUGCUUGGACAGAUUCGCCCGAGUUUUAAAGUUGUCCAAUGAUCCCAGCCCGGGCUACAACAUAGAGCAGAUGGCUAAGAGGGGGAAGAAGUUCCUGGAGCUGCCAUAUGCCGUGAAGGGGAUGGACGUAUCCUUCUCAGGCCUACUGUCCUACAUUGAGGAGCGAGCCCCGCAGCUGAUCAAGGCGGGGGAGUACACGCCAGAGGACCUGUGUUUCUCCCUGCAGGAAACUGUCUUCGCUAUGCUGGUGGAGAUAACAGAGCGAGCCAUGGCACACUGCAGGUCCGAGGAGGUGUUGAUUGUGGGAGGAGUUGGCUGCAAUAAACGACUUCAAGACAUGAUGGAGAAGAUGGCUGAAGAAAGGGAGGCAAUUCUGUAUGCUACAGAUCAGAGCUUCUGUAUAGACAAUGGUGCCAUGAUUGCCCAGGCCGGGUGGGAGAUGUUUAAAGCCGGGCAGACAACUCCGCUAAACGAAACCAGUUGCACCCAGAGGUUUCGAACAGACGAAGUUGAGGUGACCUGGAGGCAAUGAUGGCACUGAGCAGUGACAUGCUAGAGAUCAGACUUUGGUUGGUUGGUUGGUUGGUUGGUGUGUUCUUUAUAGCCGCACUCAGCAAUAUUCAAGCUAUAUGACGGCAGUCUGUAAAUAAUCGAAUCUGGACCAGACAAUCCAGUGAUUAAUAUCAUGAGCAUC